CGUGAUACUGCAGAGACAAGUUGCUUUCAUUAUUUAUUUUCUUUAGGGUCGCUAGCUUCCUUCACUGUUACCUCUCUGUGUUUCUGUUAGGGGAAAAGGUGAGAAAAUGUGAUACCAAGCCGAGUCCCAGGAGGAGCUCUCGUUAAACCGGUUUUUUUUUUUUUCGUCCUGACGCUUUAAGGUGAACGCGGAAGUGAGUGUGAGCUCCUCUCUCGUUUCAAUGCCAUCUUCGUUUUCUGAUGAACCCAUAGCCUCAGUAUCGUGAACAUCUUAGUCUCUGCUUUGGUGUGAAAUUAGGUGAUAUAAUGACGUUCUUGCACAGAUUAACGGUGACAAUUGUGACGAGUGCCAAAUAAAGGAGCUCAGAUCCACCAUGGGAAACACAACGUCAAAGAGUGGCAGUGGAGAGGAACCAGUCAAAACAACUUUAUUUGAGCAGGAGCCAAGUGGUGUAACAUACAGAAUCCCUGCUCUCAUUUAUCUGAGACACAUCCACACAUUCCUCGCCUUUGCAGAGAAAAGGUCCUCACCCUAUGACCACGAUGCCAAGAUUCUGGUUAUGAGAAGAGGAACCCUAAAGGAUGAUGGAACUGUUCAGUGGUCGUCCUGCCAGGAGCUGACUGCAGCCGUUCUACCAAACCAUCGCACUAUGAAUCCCUGUCCUGUGUAUGAGAAAAACAGCAAAAUAUUGUUUUUAUUUUUUGUCAGCAUCUUGGGAAACACCACAGAAUGUAGGCAGAUCAUCACAGGUAAGAACAAAGCACGUCUGUGUUAUGUUAGCAGCAGCGAUGACGGCCAAACCUGGAGUGACGUGAAAGACUUAACAGAGAGCGUCAUAGGGGAAACUAUUCACAAGUGGGCCACAUUUGCUGUGGGUCCAGGCCACGGCGUUCAGCUGGAGAAUGGAAGAUUGAUCAUCCCAGCUUACGCCUAUUAUGUCCCUUACAGAUGGUGUUCCUUCCCCAUUCCUUUUACAGUCUACCCACGUGCACUGUCAAUAUACAGCGAGGACUUUGGCCAGACGUGGCACAUAGGUAAGAUGCUCAGAAAAAAGUCUUGCGAAUGUGAAAUGGCAGAGAUUAUUGACCACGAGGGUAGAAGUCAUCUUUAUUGUAAUGCUCGUAACACCAGAGGUCACAGGUGCGAGGCCCUGAGUGAAAAUAGUGGCGUCUACUUCGACAAACCUCACGUGGCCCCAGAGCUCGUCGAACCGUCGCCGUCAGGCUGUCAGGGCAGUGUCAUUGGCUUUCCCGCUCCAGAGUUUGUUCCAAACGAUGACGCUGAAAGCAAAGCUUGCGGCACUUCGCUCCUGUCACCAGACACGCAAACCUGGCUCCUCUUCAUGCACCCAACAAGAAAGUCCAGUCGAAGGGACAUGGGUGUUUAUUUAAACCGAUCCCCACUGCACUCCUCGGGAUGGGACAGGCCCAGGAUUAUCCACAAUGGCCCGAGCGGCUACUCAGAUCUGGCCUACAACGGGGACAAGGAUCAGUUUUCAGGCCUAAUGGAGUGUGGAAAAGAAAGUGAACUUGAGCAGAUUGCAUUCAUCUCCUUCACCCUCAACGAUGUCAUGCAGACAGGCAGUAAGAAAGAGAAGAGGAUGCACUGAGGUGUUGCUUUCUUUAUGUAUUAACAUUAAAUUAAGCUCCCUAACAUUCUCCCGCAAAGUGAAAAGUCCAAGCAAAAGCCACUAAGUAUCCUGUGCAGUGAAGUCUACACUAAACAUCUGUCUGUGUAUUCUGUUGUUCUCCAUCAUGGAGAUGAUAAUGUAUGCAUGAGUUGUGCGUGUUGUUGUCUCUGUUCACAUGAAAAGUAAUUUGAGUCUUAAUAGUAUUAAUAUGCAACCAGCUGUGUAAAGAAAGACACUAUUUUUAAUUGGUUGGAUGGCUGAUUUUUAGCAUGCUGUGCUAGACUGUCUAUUGUAAAACAGGCUUUGUGGGUAGCACGUUUGACAAAUGCUUCAUUCUCAUUUCUGCCUCUUAUAAAACUGUCCCGCAUUUUAUCCGAGCAGUGGAGAAAAUCUGACUACCUCUUUUUAUUUUCAUAUUAAGAUCAUAGCAGGCCUUGUAAAGUAGAGCAUCGAGUUCCCUCCAUGCUCAGUCUUAACCUUUACAUUAAGUACAUUUAGUACUCAGAUUCACAUAUGCCUUCUACUCCACUGUUUAAUGUUCAGCCGUGCCACAGCCUGUCAGGCCAUAUGCAUUUCUGUGGGUCAAAUUCUGCCAAAACAGGCAACAAAACCAAACAGAAAAGAAGAACAUUUUCAUUUUUCAUCAGAAAAUGUUUUGUGCCACAUUCCAUUUUUAUUGUUUUGGCCUUAAUCUUUAUUUUUGCCGUCAUUUGGGUUACUGGCUAAUCAAUAAUGAGAAUAACAAUCUUAUUAUAGUCACAUCUGAAGACUUUAGAGACUACAGAGAAGACGGAUUGAUGGUCUCGAAUGAGAGUCAUACAUUUUUUAAGCUUCCAGCUGCCAUGUUAACAUAUUCUUUUUGUCUCGGUGUGUUUACUGACCAGCCAAAUGCUAGGCCUUCUGUUUUUCUGACAUAGUUAAUUAUUAAUUUUCAAAGUGCAGUAUAAUUACCAGGUGAGAGUGUUUAGCAGAUUGUGAAGAAGUAAAAGCAUGUGAAAGCAGAAGAAGUUCUAUUUAUACUAGAAAUUUGCACACAUAAAACUUGUACUGAGUGACUUUGACAUCCGUUUUUGCCUAAUGUCGUGAGGCAAAAUGACACUAGUUUCAUUGUGUGUUUGUUGUGGAAAGUAACAGAAUCUGCAUGAAAUAUGUAUUUUAGUAGAAAAUAAAAGUAAUCUGUGAUCAU